AUGUUCAAGAAGAAACCAACUAUCAAGCCCCUCUCCCCGCUCAAGUCUAGCGACCGCCGCAGGACCGCCGACCAGAUCAUCGCCGACUUUGGCAUAGAGAUUCCCGUAGAAACCGACGCGAGUCCUGAAGACAAGACAGCCUCCACCGCCGGCCUGACCGCACUGCGCAAAGCAAUACUCCCAGAGAAUGCCCUGUCGGCGCGCUUCACCACCACCGCAGGGCCCGACCUCAAGCAAGUGUCAGGAACAAUAUACGUAGGCAGCCAUGAGGGCACAGGCGGACAUCAGAGAGUCCUGUGGGUCAAGGUUGGCGACAGGAUGUACCCUACCGUCUACACCCUCUGGCACAACCCCCGCAUAGUCCCGCUGCUAUACACGCCACUCGUCGUCGUCGAGAAGAUGCAAGGAGGCGCCGACUUGAUGACGCCUGGUCUUCAACGAGGCCCGCCUUUCCCCAAGAGAGCGACCAAGGGCGCAAUCGUCGCCGUUGCAAGUCUCGAGGCUCCGACUGUCCCCAUGGCCGUUGGCGAAUGCACCAUCGACGUGAGCGCGCUGGGCAAAACCCAAGGCACCAAGGGCAUUGCUGUCUCUACCUUCCACUGGGCAGGCGACGAGCUGUGGUCUUGGAGCUCAACAGGCAAGGCGGGCAGUGAGCCUCCUGGUAUCCUCGACGGCUGGGACGACGACAAUGGCGACGAGGCGAGUCUCGCUGAACGCACCGCAGCCGUAGACUUGGAUGACGAGGACGGCGGUGUUACUCUCGAUGCCACUCCCACCCAACGGUCAGAGGCGGAGAAAUCACAGGGUGUGCAAGGCGAAGAUGCGCCAUCUAACAAUGACUUCAUCGACGUUCUUGAAGAUAAAGAGCUGACAACCAAGGAAAUCGAUGAAGCUUUCAAGAACGCAUUCUUGUACGGCGUCCGCUACCACAUGGAUCACAAUAAGGGCCAUCCUUCCUACGGCCUCGACUUCCCGCUCUCGCAAUCAAACGUCAAUAACAUGCUCGUCCAACCAUUCCUCCCCACCUACACCCCCGCGCGCACCGCUUCGCUCCAGAUCAAGAAGACAAGUUGGAAGAACCUUAAGAAGUUUAUCAAGUAUCUAGACAAGCAACAGAUUCUCAAGUGCAAAGACCGCGACGGCAAUGAGGUUGUUGUACUCGAUAUUGAUUUCAAGGAUCGCCAGGUUGAGUCGUUCGUUCCCUACAGGUUGCCAAAGAAGGAUACCCCAGCCGCAGCGAGUGCAAACGGCAAGCCAGCUGCACCCCUAUCCGCCGAGUCUUCCGUUGGCCAAAAGCUAAAGCUUGUCUCGGUACUGCGGCCCAAGGAGAAACUAGCGCCUAUACUGGGUGCCUCCAAAGCAGACCCGCGCGGUCUCUACACCCCAGCGGAGCUGAAGCAGCUUCUCAUUGCAUACGUAGAGGCGGAGAACUUGAUCGACCCCAAGAACAAGCGUCUCAUCCGCAUCAACCCCCAGCUCGCAGAUGCUCUACUCGCUUCGUCAGCAGCUGACAAUGCCGCGCUGUCGUCAGGAGUCAUGCCCAGAGACUCCCUGGCUGAACGCAUGGUCGCUGCGGCAUCCCCCUUCCACGCCAUCAUCCGCAACGACGCCGACAUUGCUGAUGCGAAGCCCAAAGCCGGUGCACCACCCAAGAUUCAAAUCACGCUGGAAACGCGCAGUGGCAACAAGACAGUGACCAAGGUGCAUGGUCUAGAACCAUACUACAUCUCACCACAGCCGCUCGCCGAUGAGCUGAGAAAGACAUGUGCAGGUAGUACGAGCGUCGAUAAACUGCAAGGAUCAAGCCCCAAAGCCCCUGUCAUGGAAGUCAUGGUCCAGGGUCCUCAGAAAGACGCCAUCAUGAAGGCUUUGGAGAAGCGAGGUGUGCAUAAGAAUUGGGUGGACGUUGUAGAUAAGACCAAGGGUAAAAAGAAAUAA